AUGUCGCAACAAGGUAUCCCGGGCGAUCCAUCCGCGAAGCCUGCCUCAGGCGCGAGCGCUGGUACAGCGCCAGAUGCCCUGCCAGUGACGGAGUGGAACUUCCCAGUGUCGCCCGUGCCUCCUAAUCCUCUCGGUGAGGGGCAAUAUAUCAAGAGGGCAGCAGCCCUCAUCAUAGGAGAUGAGAUACUGAACGGCAAGACGCUCGAUCGCAACUCCAACUACUUCGCGCGUUUCUGUUUUGAGAAUGGCAUCGACCUAAAGCGAAUCGAAGUUAUACCGGAUGACGAGGAUGAUAUCAUCGAAGCCAGUCGUCGACUUGUACAGACGUACGACUUUGUAAUCACCUCCGGAGGCAUAGGGCCUACGCAUGAUGACAUCACAUAUGCUUCCCUCGCAAAGGCGUUCAACCAGCCGCUGGAGAAGCACGCAGAGACUCUUUCGCGGAUGACGGCAAUGAGCCGCCACCGCGCCGACAUCAUGAACCAGACUGCGGAGCAACGCGAGGCUCGCGAGCGGAUGGCCCUUUUCCCUGCGAGAGCCGAGGCACUCUUCAUCGGGCCUGAUGUAUGGGUGCCCGUGGUGCGCCUGGAGGGCAAGCUCUGCGUCUUCCCGGGAAUCCCAAGACUCUUACAGAAGAUGCUCGAUGGGCUCAAGCUCUACCUACCUCUCCCGCCCUUGAGCGAGCGCCCCUUCCGUCUCCAAAUCUUCACGAGCAUGCCGGAGUCGUCCAUCGCCCCGUACCUCACUGAGCUUCAGGCACGGACGAAGGCCGCUGGCGUGCGCGUGGGGUCGUAUCCACUGCUGAUGCGGGGAGUGUACGUCGCGCUCAUCGGGCGAGACGAGGAAAAUGUGAAAGUGCUCGCGGCGGAAGUGGCAGAGAGGCUUGAGGGCAGGGUCGUCACGGAGGAGGAAGCGGCCAAGGAGAAGGCAAGUAUGUAG